AAAAUUCUCUGUGUAUAAAGGUUAUCUAUAAAUGACAUAAAUAACAAAGUUGGAGUUUCGUAAAGAAAUAUAUUAUUGGUAAUAGAUAUUAAAGUUUUAAAAAAAGAAUUUUUAUAAACCAAAUGAUUAUGUAAUCGUGUUGUGAAAGCGAUAUAAUUUUUUGCUCUUAUAAGUUGAGACUGUGGAAUAUUUAUAUUUUAAAAUGGGCGAUAAAGAUUCAAAUAAAAAUAGUUUUGUAUAUUUGGAUGUGGAAUUUAAUGGAUUAAAAGCUGGACGAGUUGUGAUAGAAUUAUACAACGAAAUAGUUCCAAAAACAGCAGAAAAUUUCAGACUUUUAUGCACUGGAGAACGUGGGCAGGGUAAAAAGAAAAAACCACUUCAUUACAAAGGUGUGAGGUUUCACAAAGUUGUUCCUAUGUGCAUGGUUCAAACUGGUGAUAUAAUUAAUAAUAAUGGCAGUAGUGGAGAAAGCAUAUAUGGAGAACACUUUGAAGAUGAAAACUUUCUAGUUAAGCAUGAUAAAGAAGGUAUUGUUGGAAUGGUUAAUAGGGGACCAAAUACAAAUCAAUCUCAAUUUUAUAUCACAACUCAACCUUGUUUUCAUCUUGAUGGAACUAACGUUGGUUUCGGAAGAGUGGUUAAAGGAUUAAAUAUACUUGUUGAAAUGUCUGAUCUUCCUAGAGAAAAUGACAUACCAUUGGGGAAUCUCAUUAUUGCAAAUUGUGGAGAAUUUAAACCUGGGGAACCAUGGAACAUUAACGAAGAUGAUGGUACUGAAGAUAAAUACCCACCAUGGCCUGAUGAUUGGGAAAAAGAAGUUGACAAUAUCAAUAUAAUGGAAAUAACUGUAGAAGAUAUAAAGAAUUCUGGUAAUUUUUAUUUCAACAAAAGUGAUUUUGCUAAUGCAGAAAGAAAGUAUGUCAAGUGCUUACGAUAUAUUGACUGGUAUUUGAAUAAAAAACCAGAAGAAACUCUCAAGAAAAGUAUAAAAUUAACAUUAAUGAUGAAUCUGGCAACAGCACAAUUGAAAAGGAAAAAAUAUAAGGAAUCAGCACUUUUGUGUACUCAGAUUAUUAAAGAAGGUUCAGAUAAUGGUAAAGUAUAUUACAGACGAGCACAAGCUAUGCUGGGCCUGAAGGAAUAUGAUUGUGCUUUGAAAGACUUGAAUACGGCUUUAGGUUUCCACCCUAAUGAUAAAAAUAUAAUUCAGUUAUUGAAUUGCGUUAAAAGAGAUAAACUUAGUUAUCUUAAAAAAGAGAAAAUAUUUUUUUCAAAGUUAUUUAACUGAAUAUUUUAGGUAUGAUCUCAUAAAAAUGUUACAAUAUGCCUCACUAGGAAUAUGUUUAUAACAACAAAUAAGUUUUUUGUUAUUACAUAUACAGUGCAACUUCGAUAUAACAAAUAGGGAUAAGUAAAUAUUCAUUAUAUCAAGUAAUUCUUUACAAUUUGUUAUAAAGAGGUAAAAAAAUAGUUUUAUUCACCUCAACAUUACGUACUCAUCUUGUUAUAGCCAACAACUUCUUAUAAACGAUAAUAAUUUUUUAUAAAAUUCAUGUAUUUUUCCCCUUAGAUAAAUAACCAAAUUAAAUGCAGUAAAAUCCGUAAAAUUAGGUAUCAAGGCUUAGUUUUGAUUUUUUUUAUCUUGAUUAGAAAAAUUCAUAAAUUGUUCUGUUUAUAGGUGGUAUGAGUUAUCACAUUCAAAGCGCAAUCCAAUUUUGUGCUAGGUUUGACUACAUCGUCGCUCAAAUUUCCUUUUAUUAUAUUUAAAGCAUUAUAAGAAUUUUGUUUUGUAAAGUCAUAUUCAUCAAUUUCGCCCCCCUCUUCUUCGCCUUCAUACACUUGAGCAUUAGUAACUGACAAAGAGAUGUGGUUAGUUAGUUAGUUAGUUAGUUCUGCACAGACCGCAAAAUUAUUAUCAAAGUAAAUGAAUUCAUUGAACUUGGUCUUUUGAAAAUACAAUUCUUCUUGAACUCUUUGCCAGGUACUAUCAAGUUAGACAAGUGGAAAGUCGUCUUCUCCAUUUUCGCAUGUUAUGUUUGAAGCGAUUUACAAUGGUCCUUUCAGUGAAUAGAUUCCAAGCUUUGGUAAUUAUCCACGUGGUUUGUGAAACAUUAAUUGUAGUUGGCGUUUGACGUUUAACAUUAUCAGGAUAUUGUCUGACAACUUCUUUUCUAUAAUGCGUUUUAAAGCUUAGAAUGAUUUUUUGGUUCAGGGGUUGUAGUAGCAUUUGGAGGCAAGUACUUUAUAUUUUUCAAGUUAAGAACUUUCCUGUUGCAGUACAAUUAUUGAUGGACAUAAGAACUUUCUUGUUUUCCAAUCAUUUCUUUAUCCAGACUUUCAAGACAAUUGCUAAACCGUAUCACUAGUCAUCCAAGCCUUAAGGUUUGACGUACAAUCUGAUGGCGGAUUAUUGACAUGUUUGAAACGUCGCGUUGUUUUAUUUUCCGAUGAUGAGUGGCUUGAGUUUGUAGGUCUCGGUACAAUUUGUUAAGGAUAGGGCCUCCAAUAGCGAUCUUUUUGUCUUGGCUUUGUUUUAACCACUUCAAUAUAUAUUUCUCGUCUUUGUAUUCACAUGUUUUUAAUCUUUUACUGUUUACAGGCAAACUACUUAUCUUCAAAUGUUUUUCAUCAACAUAAUUAGUGAUGGUUCGCUUUUCUGCGACUGAUAGGUAACACUUUUUACGUUUUUGAGCCAUUGCUACUAUACAAUCUUUCAUGUGACGAGCAGCACUGUUUAUAUUACUUCCCUAUAAACAAAACAUUAAUUGUUCUACAAAAAAAAUGUGUCGAGACUGAAUCACAUACUAUGAAAUUAAGGGUCAUAUUGGUUAUAUGCUAUAUAAAGGUAUUGGGUUGAUUCGUUAAUUAAAGAUACUUACACUUUUUUGGCAGUUGAAAAUUCGUUAUAAUUAGGGUGAUCGCGAAAAAUCUUUUUUAAUGUAAAGGUAUAUUUUAUGUUCCACCUCAAUUUUCAUAUGCGAUCCUCUUCAAAUUGCCCUAAUGAUGAUAUAAAUGCAUAUUGCCAUGAGGCAGCUCCGUGCCAUAUUGUUAAAACCGAAAUUGUUUAAAAAAUUGAAAGGAAGUGUUAUUUUUCAACCGGCUACUUUUUUUAUAUUAUUAUUGAUACACAAAAAAGCUAUGUAACAUUCACUCUUGUUUUGAAGCAAGUUAUAUUUGAAACUUUGAAGCAACAAAUUCAUCUUUGUAUUUAAUUUUACUGAAAUUAUCUUCGCUUGUUGUAUUAAGUUCAACUCUGUACUUAAUAAUGGAUUAUCUGUGAUAAAGUUUUCAAUAUUUGAUGAUCGGCAUUAUCUGUUGAUUUUUCCUAAAACGUUUACCAGGUAUAUCGGAGAAAAUUUAUAUUGGAGCAUUGAGAAGGUUAUAGAAGAAUACCUUUCACCCUUCGAAUAUCUAAAAGAAGGUAGCUUGGUAUUCCCUGGGUCAGGUUCUAUUUUCCUUUCGACUAUUUUCCGUUGUUCUUUCUUCCUCUUGACUCUGUUCCAUUCUAUCGUCCUUAUGACUAUUUUCUGUUAUUCUAUUUUCGUCUUGACUGUUUUCUGUUAUUCUAUUUUCCUCUUGACUAUUAUCUGUUUUAUCUUCCUCUUGACCAUUUUCUGUUUCGUCUUGGCUGUUUAUUUCUUUAUCAGUUUCUUUUUGGCUUUUGUUUUCUAAAGAUCCGUUAAGUUCCCGUUCAAGUGAAAAAUUUCAGAAAUUAACCAAAAUUAAGGUCCUAAAUCCACCAAAUUUACCAAUAGCUACAUCUUUUACUAGGGUCUCAAUUUGAGAUGUAUUAGUUUUCUCUAUCAUUUCAUGUUCCAUUUCCUCAUCAUUUUCCGUUUACAUUAUAGAAUUCUAAGAAGAUGAAUAGAAAAAAUCUUUGUUUUUGUAAUUCCAUCAUAAUUUCAUCUGUCAUCCAUUCCUUCUUCUUCAUACAGUCUUGCUUUAAAUACUUGUACAUGUUUCUUCUAUGGCAACUUUAAUUUUUUCCCACUUGCUAAUUUCAUUUUUUGUAGAUCUGUUCGUCUCUUAUACUUUUACUUAAGGAUAACUGUACUUGUUUUAUAUUAGGAUUAUGAAGUUUUCUGAUGUUUAUUUUAGUAUUGUUAGGUCUCUCCACUUUAAGGCGUCUUAAAUUGAUUUCCAUUUUGCUUACUAGUGCUAUGAUCGGAAUUAACGUCUGCCCCAGGAUUUCACUGAUUUGCGUUUCUAUAUUAUUUUGGUAUCAUGACGAAAUCAAUUUGGUUCUUACAAGAGCUACCGUUGAAUCUCCUGGGGAUUUCCAUGUAUAGAGGCUACGCGAUGGAAACUUGAAAAAAGUGUUGCAUAACACCAGUUUUUGUUCCCCAUAAAAGCGUACCGGUCGAUCUCUUCUUUCAUUUCUAAUUACCAGUCCAAAAUCUCCAGCAAAAAAGGCAUUCGCGUGUUUUCUACUCUUUCAUUCAAGUCCCCUUUUAUUAGUGUAACUUCGUUCUUAGUCAGUUUAACCAGUGUCUCUAGUUGUUCGUAUAACUCAUCGAUGAUUAAGUCAUUUCUAUUAGCCGUUGCUGUAAAUACAGGGUUCUCCAGUAUCGCAGCAAGAAAGGAGGACACAAUAGAUCCUUUGGGUAGAAAUGUAUAUGAGACCCUAAAUCUUUAUAUACAUACAUACAUUAGCCGUUGGGGCACAUAUUUGGAUUAUAUUUAAGUCCAGUUGUUAUCCUAUCAAUUGCAUCAACAAUAUUUUGUCUGAGAAAGGGGUAAUGGAUCCAACUGUUGAUAUAAUAUUUGGAUUAUUGUCAUUUUUGUGUUUUCUGGUGUCAUUGCCGGAGUAGAACAUUAUAUAGUCUUUUAACACAUCACUCAAUAAGUCCUGUGACUAACUGAGAAAAACACAUUUUUUUUGCCAAAAAUCGAUUUUAUUCAUCAAUUUAAUCUCUUUCAAAAGAAAUAAAAUAAUUCCAACGCUUCUCUAACAUCUCGAUGACGUGCUUGUAAAAAGAUUUGUCUUUUGCCUCAAAAUAAGCUUCAGUUUCAACAAUUUCUUCUUCAUUUGAGCUGAAUUUCUUAUCGGUGAGCAUUUUUUUGAGACCAGCGAAUAGCCAGGAGUCACUGGGGGACAGAUCUGAACAAUAAAGUGGAUGAGGAAGCAAUUCGAAGUAUAAUUCGUUCUAUUUAACCAUCGUUGCUAUCAACUUGUGAAUUGGUCCAUUUUCUGGGUGAAACAAUGGUUUUUUCUUCGACAUAUAACGCCGUGCUAUGUAGUAUUCGCUAUUGAUUGUCUUUCCCUUUUGGAGAUAGUCGAUGAACAAUAUUUAAUUCGCAUCCCAAAAUACUGAAUCCAUAACCUUCCCAGCUGACUAAUUUGCCUUUGGAAGCUUCAGACGUGGUUCAUCGGUUGCAAUCCAGUCAAAUGAUGAUCGUUUUGAUUCUGUAGUGAACUAAUGGAUCCAUGUUUCAUCCAUUGUUACAUAUCGAUGUAAAACUUAUUUAUUAAACAUGACCAAACAAUGCUCUGAAUUAUCAACAUGUUGUUGUUUUUGAUUGGCUGCGAGUAAACGCGGCACCCAGUUUGAAAAAGCUUUCUCAUGUCAAGAGUCAAGGUCAAAUGUUCAUGCAUAAUUUUAAACAUACUGCUUUCUGAUAUCUCUACGGCCUCAGCUAUCUUAGCUCUUGAUGUUUUCUGUAGUAACCACCGCAAUUGGACGAUAAGAAAAUUCUCCAUAAACGGUGUCUGUAUGACCACGAUUAAAUUCAGCAAACCAAUAACAAAUGGUUUUUUUCGAGGGAGCAGAGUCUGGAUAACAUUUUUCAAGCCAUUGCUGAGCUUGUACAGUAUUUUUUUCAUAUCAAUAUUAUAACAAUAUUAAGUUGGAAUUUCUGAAACCGUUGGUGAUAUUCAUGCUGAACACACUGUUUACUUUGCCAUUACACCAACACUCACAAUUACACCGUCCGAUGCACCUUUCAAUAAACAAGCUAUUAUCAUCAGACCGAUCUAAUUUAAAUAUUAGUUUUACGUACCUGUUCUAUUCCGUUGACCAUGAAGUCAUCACAACAAAGAUGGAAUUUCUGGAAGCACUGGUGAUAAUCAUAGUGAACUUACUGUUUACUAUUAUCACUAUACCAACACUAACGAUCACAAUGUCUGACGCGCGUUUCAAUAAUCAAGUUAUCGUCUCCAUGGGCUCAAUUUAUAUUUAGUCUCUGAAGACUUGGUUAUCGAAACAUGUGUCAGAGAUUUAAUAUUUGAACUUGGUUAUAUUAUAGAAUUUAUGAUAUGGUGGAUUCUUCUGAUUCUGUACCUUUCUAAAAAUAUGGGGCAUAUUAUGACUUUUGCAUGGAGUUUAAAAUGGUCUCAGUAUAAAUACAAAUAUAUAUGUAUAUAUAUAUAUAUAUAUAUAUAUAUAUAUAUAUAUAUAUAUAUAAAGUCCAUUUAUAUAGAAAUUGUUUAAAGUAGCAAAAAGCAACAUCAUACUUCAGCAGAUUUAUAUUUUUUUAUUUAGAUUGUUCAUAUUUGCUGGACAUCUGUUUUAUUUCCUAAUUAUAAUUUA